AUGUUAGAGAAGAAAGCAAAUAAGACUCAUACACAUACAAGUUUUACAACUGUUGCUAUAGAAAGUAUUGAAGGAACGGUUGAAGGAACUGGUGGGGAUGCAUUAUAUUGUAAACCUCCUAACUUUCCACAAGGUUUAACAUCGGAUGACAACAUAACGACGAUGAAAAACAUUAGAUGUAAAGAUGUUUAUGUCAUGAAGGAUGAACAUAAUAUUAAAUUCACUGCUCAAGAUUUAUAUGACAAGAAAGCAGACAAAACAGAGCUUCAAACAUUAAAGACUCAGAUUCUUCAAACAUUAUAUCCUAUAGGCUCUAUUUAUACGUCAAUGAACUCAACAAAUCCAGAAACAGUUUUAGGUUUUGGUACUUGGGAACAGAUUGUAGACAAAUUCUUAUACUGUGCUAACUCUUCAAAGCAAACGGGAGGUUCGAAGAAAAUUACUGAAGCAAACCUUCCACCGCACACUCAUACGGGAACUACAAACACAACGGGUAGUCAUUCACAUUCAAUAACAAAAAGAGGUUAUACAAAUCUUGCAGCAGGUUCGGAUAGACAGGGAAUGCAUAGAUAUGAUAUUUCAAGCGACCCAGUAGAUUCAAGCGCAGGUAUUUUCUGUGGAACCGCAGGAAAUCAUGUCCAUACUUUCACAACAAAUCCAACAGGCUCGGGUGCAGAUUACAUGCCACCAUUUGUGACUGUAUUUGUAUGGUACCGCGUUCAAUGA